UGGUGAGGCCACGUCAAAUUGGUUGAUGUGAUCCAUGUGUAUGAUUCUACGCAGUAUUUUGCUACAAGAACUCUUUAAUUACACAUUUCCCUUUGACUGACCAAACUUUUAGUCAUCUUUAAUGUGGUGACAGUAAGAGUGUUGAAGCUUGCCGUACAAACCAGAGGCCAUGUCUGACACAGAGCCAAUCGCCUCUCAGCCCAGCGUGCUCUACAAAGCCUACAGGAGGAUCAGUGAGCUCCAUCAGAAUGCCCUGGACAAGGCCACUCCCCACUCGGGGCCCCGCUGGGUCACCUGCUGUAUUCUCCUUGUCUUGUAUUUUGUCAGAGUCUACUGGGCACAGGGCUGGUAUAUAGUGACAUAUGCUUUGGGAAUCUAUCUGUUAAAUUUGUUUAUAGCAUUUUUAACACCCCAGAUAGAUCCAGCUCUAUUGGAGGAUCCAGAUGAUGGUCCUUCAUUACCAACAAAAGCUAAUGAGGAAUUUAAACCAUUUAUGCGGCGUCUACCUGAAUUUAAAUUCUGGUACUCUGCAUCAAAAGCCAUUGUCAUAGCGACUAUAUGCACAUUCUUUGAAGUAUUCAAUGUUCCUGUGUUCUGGCCCAUCCUGGUCAUGUACUUCAUCAUAUUAUUCACCAUCACAAUGAAGAGGCAGAUUAGGCACAUGAUAAAAUACAGAUAUUUGCCCUUUUCGUAUGGGAAGGCCAAGUACAAGGGGAAGGAAGACACAGGGAAAGUAGUAUCGUCAUAACAUUUUUUCCAACAUUCAGGUGAAACAAAAAAAAAAAGUUGAUAAACAAUCAUCACAAUGACAGCUGUGUAAAUAUCUCUAUACUCUUUCCUUAAGUGGAUAUGCAUGUAAAUGAGUGUUAUUAGUACUUGCUCUGUUCUUCUCACAGCGAGUAGAACUAUCUUUGUUCUCCAUUCCUGUGUCAGCAUCAGUGUUUACGGAGGAAGGUUUACAGUGAUGGAUUACCUCCCCUGUGUGUAGGUACAAAUUUAGGACUACAAACACAGUAUACUGGUGGCCAAGGAUAGUGUGCUGCUUAGGAAACAUGGAAAUCUUAUUUCCAGCGUAAUGCAAAUUUUUAGUUGUGAAUGAAAUAACUUCAAUAUGCAGAGUGUUUAAUAGCUUUUUUUUCAUCUGUGUAUAAAGACAACACCAAUCAUCAUUUAUCUGCCUGAGAUACUGCUAAGAGUUGUUCACCUUUGUAAGAGAGAACCAGUGAGUGUUCGUCUCUCUGCUAGAGCCAAUAGUUGUUCAACUGUGUGAGAUAAAGCUCAAAUUUAUUCUGUGGAAUACAAAGCCAACAUUUGUUCAUGUGCAUAAGAUAAAGCUAACAGCUCAUUUGUGUAAUAAAGCUGACAGGUUAUUUAUUGAAGAUAAUGCCAACAGUUGUUCAUUUUUGUUAGAUAAAGCCAACUGUUGCUCAUCUGUGUAAGAUUAAUGUAAAAAUUCAUCCAAGAAAAGAUUACGCUGACAGUUUUGUUCCGUUUUAAAAAAAAAAAAAAAAAGAGCCCAUUGUUGUGUACAUUUUCUGAGUUCAAUGAAAGAAUGUCCAGUGAUUAAUUGUGUGCGGCCUAGGAUGAAGACAGACAUCUAUCAUAAUCCCAGGUGAAGGUAACUGAUGCAGAUACGUGCAAAUUGGUGCACAUCGUAGAAUCCAUGUGAGUGGGAUUACUGUGUACAUGUCGGUUUACAACAAUGUUAACUGUAGGAUGAACAGAAUUUCUCAGACUUUAGCUUAGUUAUUGUAUAAUGGAGUUCUUUGAUGAAUUUAGACAAAGUUUCCUAGCCCAAAUAAUGCUAUUUGAAGCCCAAGAUGUAAAAACUAUUCAUUCAUUUAGUGGACUUGGUUUGAUUAUGCAUAAUCGGCUGUAAAAAAAUCGAAUCACAUACCCACCAGUUGCAUUGCAUUGAAGGAAGUUUGCAAGAAAUGGCUGGAUAUUCAAGUUCAGUCACAUAUAUAAUUUACACUUUAAAUAGUUUGUUUGUUUUUUACGCUUUAAAUAGUUUGUUUUUUUUUCUCUUUUUUU